UCCGUUUGAUUGGAGCAUGAAUUUGAAAAAGAUAUUAUAGAACAAAUAUUUUAACAUCCUUUUUCCACUGUUGCUUAUUUUAGAUUAGGGCAGCGGACGAGCUGCAGUACUUGUGCAUAAUGACGGACAGCCCUGUGGAGACCGGUCCCAGCAGCCUCCGUCCCCUGGCCGUGACGGACCUCUCAGGCUUACUGUGUAACCAGUCAGCCUCUCUGGAGGACCAGGAUGUCCAGGGACCCCCAAUGCUGGUGGAUGCCUGGCUGGUGCCCACCAUGUUCAGCCUCAUCAUGCUGGUCGGCCUGGUGGGGAACUCUCUGGUCAUCCACGUUAUCACCAGGCAUCAGCAGAUGAGGACCGUCACCAACUUCUAUAUAGUGAACCUGGCCACCACAGACAUAAUGUUCCUGGUGUGUUGUGUUCCCUUCACCGCUACCCUGUACCCUCUGCCAAGCUGGGUGUUCGGAGAUCUCAUGUGUCGUCUGGUCAGCUACCUACAACAGGUGACAGCCCAGGCGACCUGUAUCACUCUGUCUGCUAUGAGUGUUGACCGUUGCUAUGUGACCGUCUACCCUCUACAGUCCCUACGCCACCGCACCCCUCGCAUGGCCGUUACGGUCUCUGUUUCCAUCUGGAUAGGUUCUCUCCUGCUGUCAGUGCCUAUAGCUCUGUAUCAGCGUUUAGAGGAAGGCUGUUGGUUUGGUCCCCAGACCUACUGCAGCGAAGUGUUUCCUUCAGCACGCCUCCAGAGAGCGUUUAUCCUUUAUAGCUUCCUGGCUGUCUACCUGUUACCUCUCGUCACCAUCUGCUUCUGUUACGCCUUCAUGAUCAAACGCAUGGGACAGCCCUCGGUACAGCCCUCCGACAGCAACUACCAGGUAAUAGCCCAAGCAGAACGUGGGGCAACAGUCAGGGCUCGUGUCUCUAGGAUGGUGGUGGUGAUGGUGGCUCUGUUCACUGUGUGCUGGGGGCCCAUCCAGAUCUGCAUCCUGCUCCAGGCCUUUGGACCACACCUGCGCUCCUACGCACUUUACAAGGUGAAGAUCUGGGCCCACUGCAUGUCCUACUCCAACUCUUCUGUCAACCCUCUGGUCUACGCUUUCAUGGGCAACAACUUCAGAAAGGCCUUUAAAAAUGCCUUCCCCUCUGUCUUCAGGUGGGGGAGGCAGGGAGGGAAGGGGGGGGCAGAGUGCCAGGCCCCCAACGUGGACACAGAGAUGCACUUUCUUUCAUCUGGGACCUGAAGGCCAAACGUCUCAUUAUUUAUUUACAGUUGCGUGUGUCUGUUAGCUAAUGCCUGUCGUGAUCUCUGAGACUGAGGUCCCAAUGUGUCAUGUGAUUUCUGUAACUCAUGUUACAGGUCCCAAUGGGUCAUGUGAUUUCUGUAACUCAUGUUACAGGUCCCAAUGGGUCAUGUGAUUUCUGUAACUCAUGUUACAGGUCCCAAUGGGUCAUGUGAUUUCUGUAACUUAUGUUACAGGUCCCAAUGGGUCAUGUGAUUUCUGUAACUCAUGUUACAGGUCCCAAUGGGUCAUGUGAUUUCUGUAACUCAUGUUACAGGUCCCAAUGUGUCAUGUGAUUUCUGUAACUCAUGUUACAGGUCCCAAUGUGUCAUGUGAUUUCUGUAACUCAUGUUACAGGUCCCAAUGUGUCAUGUGAUUUCUGUAACUCAUGUUACAGGUCCCAAUGGGUCAUGUCAUUUCUGUAACUCAUGUUAGAGCUCCCAAUGGGUCAUGUAAUUUCUGUAACUCAUGUUACAGGUCCCAAUGGGUCAUGUGAUUUCUGUAACUCAUGUUACAGGUCCCAAUGGGUCAUGUGAUUUCUGUAACUCAUGUAAUAGGUCCCAAUGGGUCAUGUGAUUUCUAUAAUAUGUCAUUCUAUGUCUUGUAUGUCUUUGUUCAGUUUUUUUUUACUGUCUGAUAUUCCUAUUAAUUAUGUUAAUAUGUAUUCCUAUUCAUUAUGUGAAUCUUUAUUUAUAUUUAUUAUGUAAAUGUUUUCUUCCUUUUCAUUAUGUUAAUCUUUAUUUAUAUGUAUUAUGUAAAUGUUUUCUUACUAUUCAUUAUGUGGAUUUGUAUUUAUAUUUUUGGUCUCUCUAGUCUAGAACAUAGUAGUAUUGUAGUAGUGCAGUACUAUAAUACUGUAAUACUGUAGUACUGUGAUACUGUAAUACUGUAAUACGCUAGUACAGUAAUACUCCAGUACUGUAAUACUAUUGUACUGUAAUACUCUAGUACUGUAAUACUGUAAUUCUGUAGUACUAUAAUACUGCAAUACUCUACUACUGUAAUACUGUAAUACUCUAGUACUGUAGUACUGUAGUAACGUAGUACUGUAGUACUUACAACAAUGUUGUAGUGUGUGCGUGUGUGUUCAUGCACUGAUCACGUUUUAGAAAAAACAUUCAUGGUUGUAAAAAUUGAUAUCAACUGCAAGCACAGUCAUUGGUCCCCUGAGAUUGUCCAAUAGGUAGCCGACCCAUGCUGCUACAAAAAAACUGAGCAAACUAGAAUGCUAUUUGGCCCUAAACAGAGAGUACACAGUGGCAGAAUACCUGACCACUGUGACUGACCCAAACUUAAGGAAAGCUUUGACUAUGUACAUGUAACAGUAUAAUUUUAGACCGUCCCCUCACCCAUACCCAGGUGCGAACCAGGGACCUUCUGCACACAUCAACAACAGCCACCCUCGAAGCGUCGUUACCCAUCGCUCCACAAAAGCCGCGGCCCUUGCAGAGCAAGGGGAACCACUACUUCAAGGUCUCAGAGCAAGUGACGUCACCGAUUGAAACGCUAUUUAGUGCGCACCACCGCUAACUAAGCUAGCGUUUCACAUCCGUUACAUACAGACUCAGUCAGCAUAGCCUUGCUAUUGAGAAAGGCCACCGUAGGCAGACAUGGCUCUCAAGAGAAGACAAGCUAUGUGCACACUGUCCACAAAAUUAGGUGGAAACUGAGCUGCACUUCCUAAACCUCCUGCCCAAUGUAUGACCAUAUUAGAGACACAUAUUUCCAUCAGAUUACACAGAUCCACAAAGAAUUAGAAAACAAACCCAAUUUUGAUAAACUCCCAUAUCUACUGGGUGAAAUUCCACAGUGUGACAUCACAGCAGCAAGAGUUGUGACCUGUUGCCACGAGAAAAGGUUAAACAGUGAAGAACAAACACCAUUGUAAAUACAAACCAUAUUUAUGCUUAUUUAUUUCCCUUUUGUACUUUAACUAUUUGCACAUUGUUACAACACUGUAUAUAUAUAAUAUGACAUUUGAACUUUUGUGUAAUGCUUACUGUUAUUUUUUAUUGUUUAUUUCACUUUUGUUUAUUAUCUAUUUCACUUACUUUGGCAACGUUAACAUGUUUCCCAUGCCAAUAAAGCCUCUUGAAUUGAAAUUGAAAUUUAGAGAGAGACUUUUUGUCUUUCUUUAAUGAUAAUGAUACAUCCUCAUGUCAUUAAAACAAAUAUCAAAGAUCAAUAACAAAGACCAUGGUGCUUGCCUACGGAGCUGUGAGGGGAACGGCACCG